GCCGAGGGGUGCGUGGGGGCGGUCCGAGCGCGAGGAUGUGGCUGCGCGCUCUCCUCCCCUCUGGGCACCUCGGUUAGCUGGGCCGAGCCGCCCGGCCUCUUCGCUCCUUGGGGGAGUCCUCCCCUCUGGCCUGGCUCGUGUGUUGAGGCUCCGGCUCCCCGGGCACCUCCUGCCCAGAGCUCGCAGCCGGCAGCCGGCGCGGCCCCGAGCAGCCUCCCCGCCCCCCGCCGCGGUCUGGCUCCUCUCCCGGCCGUUAGUCCCCUCGUAUUCCGUCCUUUCACCCCGCUCGGAGAGGGGCCCGGGGGAAUUCAACCCCCACUGCCCAGGAAGACCCCUCUGCCGGCCGGUGUUCCGGGGUGCGGGCGGGGGCGCUGCGAGGAGGCCUGGCGCCCUUUUGUGCACGUUCAGUGCCCAGCAGUACCUCCCAGACCAGCACCCCCGACCCUCCAGUCUCCAUGUCUUAGAGAAGCCAAAUUCGAGAGUUAUAUAAUUUCUAGUGCUGCUGUCUCUCCUGCCUGAGGAAACACUUCAUCGCGUGGAGGGUGCAGGACAUUUCUGUGCACUUCUAUAUAAGAACGGGGUGUGGGCAGGGGUGGCCAGCGGUAGCAGAGAGAUUGCUGGUCUUUUCUGCAAGAGGAAGGUGGGUAGUUUGGAGAGAGAUGGAGAGAAAGGGUGGAUGUGGAAGCCAAGCAGCAGAACUCUGAUGUAGGAGAUCGCGAACCGUUUCCACAGCUUGUGCUCACAUGCCUAAUACUACCACAUCGUCUCAGAAAACACCUCUGGGGGAAGGUUUGACUUCUCUCGAACAGUCUCAGUGUUUUUCCUCGCCGGGUAGGGAGCUGCUUGGAUGCGAAGAGAUGGCAUGAUGUGAAUGACUCCAGUGUGAAGAAAUCUGCUUCGCCAACUCAUCCUGCAUCAAGUGCCCAUUGAGUAGCGCUGUCACUUUAAUGUCUCCAUGCCAAGGGAUUGCUUUCCUUCUUUUCAAUCCUCUCGGUUAAUACAUGGGAGGAUCAGAAUCAGAGGGGCAUUAAGGAUUAAGCCCGAGGGGCUUGGAGAGCACAGAAGAAAAAAAUGAAAGUGACAGCAAGCUGGAUCCUGUCUUACUGAGGGGGUGAGAUCUGGAACUUCUGGUCCAGUAAAUAAAAAGGGGCCUUUCAGUCUGUGUUCUGCCCCCAGAAAACUGUUCAAACUCACCCACCUUUUCAGAGACCAGAGUCAAAAGGCUUCUAAAAGUAUUUUUUUGUUGUUGUUGUUGAGGAGGGGAUUACAUUUUUCUCUAAAGAAUUGAGGAUCUUUAUCAUCAUCCAGUUCAUCUUUGAAUUUGAUCAUGUAUUGAGUAAGGAGGCAGCUGUGUAAAUUUGGUUUGUGCCUUAAUUGAGUUAGCCAUUGAAUUCCAAAAAUGCUGAUGCUUGAAGAGGAAUUUUAAUAACAUUUUCUAUGCUUACAAUAAUUUUCUCAGUUUUUUUUAAAAGAAUAAAUGUUUUAUAAAAAUUGAAAAACUCAAGGUUAUUUUUCUCUGAACUCUGUGGGCAGUGUCAAAAGUUUAAUUGUGGGAAAAAUACAUAAUUUUUUCUUUAUCUGGAAGAGAAAACAGGCUGGAUUUCAAAAUUGAACAGUGAAGUGGUUUGCAACAGUUACCUGGCUCUUGGCCUCAGUCCAGCUGGAUCAAGUUGAGACCUGAAAAGAGAUCUUGGAUCCUGUGACAGUGGAAAGACCCAAGAAUGCCAGUCAAGAAGAAAGAUACUGACCGAGCUUUAUCAUUACUGGAAGAAUACUGCAAAAAAUUAAGGAAACCAGAGGAACAGCAGUUGAAAGACGCUGUUAAAAAGGUGAUGGGUAUCUUUAAGAGCAGCUUAUUCCAAGCUUUGCUGGAUAUUCAAGAAUUUUAUGAGGUGACAUUGCUAAAUUCUCAAAAAAGUUGUGAUCAGAAGAUAGAAGAAGCCAAUCAAGUUGCACAGAAAUGGGAGAAGACAUCCCUUCUUGCUCCAUGCCAUGAUAACCUUCAAAAGUCUGCAGAGCUUACAGAUUUCCGUGGGCCAAAGGAAAAUGCUUCAUGUAUUGAGCAAAAUAAAGACAAUCAGCGUAUUGAAAAUGAGACUGACAAAAAGACAAGACAAAACCAAGGCAAAUGCCCAGCCCAGAACUGCUCAGUGGAAGCCCCUGCUUGGAUGCCUGUCCACCACUGUACUAAGUAUCGAUAUCAAGAUGAGGACGCUCCACAUGAUCAUUCCUUACCUCGACUAACCCAUGAAGUAAGAGGACCUGAGCUGGUGCAUGUAUCAGAAAAGAACCUGUCUCAAAUAGAAAAUGUCCAUGGAUACGUCUUGCAGUCUCACAUCUCUCCUCUGAAGGCCAGCCCUGCUCCUAUAAUUGUCAACACAGAUACUUUGGACACGAUUCCUUAUGUCAAUGGGACAGAAAUUGAAUAUGAGUUUGAAGAAAUUACACUGGAAAGGGGGAAUUCUGGCCUGGGAUUCAGUAUUGCUGGAGGAACAGAUAAUCCUCACAUUGGAGAUGAUCCUGGCAUAUUUAUUACGAAGAUUAUACCGGGUGGUGCUGCAGCAGAGGAUGGCAGACUCAGGGUCAAUGAUUGUAUCUUGCGGGUGAACGAGGUUGAUGUGUCAGAGGUUUCCCACAGUAAAGCGGUGGAAGCCCUCAAAGAAGCAGGGUCUAUCGUGCGACUGUACGUUCGUAGAAGACGACCCAUUUUGGAGACUGUUGUGGAAAUCAAACUGUUCAAAGGGCCUAAAGGUUUAGGCUUCAGUAUUGCAGGAGGUGUAGGGAACCAACACAUUCCUGGAGACAACAGUAUUUAUGUAACUAAAAUCAUAGACGGAGGAGCUGCACAAAAAGAUGGAAGGUUGCAAGUAGGAGACAGACUGCUAAUGGUAAACAACUACAGUUUAGAAGAAGUGACGCAUGAAGAGGCGGUAGCAAUACUGAAGAACACAUCCGAUGUCGUUUAUCUAAAAGUUGGCAAACCCACCACCAUUUAUAUGACUGAUCCUUAUGGUCCACCUGAUAUUACUCACUCUUAUUCUCCACCAAUGGAAAACCAUCUACUCUCUGGCAACAAUGGAACUUUAGAAUAUAAAACUUCCCUGCCGCCCAUCUCUCCAGGAAGAUACUCACCGAUUCCAAAGCACAUGCUUGUUGAAGACGAUUACACCAGGCCUCCGGAACCUGUUUACAGCACUGUGAACAAACUGUGUGAUAAGCCUGCUUCUCCCAGGCACUAUUCCCCUGUUGAGUGUGACAAAAGCUUCCUUCUCUCAGCUCCCUACCCCCACUACCACCUAGGCCUGCUCCCUGACUCUGAGAUGACCAGAGAGACAGAGCACAUACGCUCACAUGAGUGGGGAUUGAGUCAUUCUCAACACAGCACUGCAACCCGCCAGCCUUCAGUGACUCUCCAACGGGCCAUCUCCCUGGAAGGGGAGCCCCGCAAGGUGGUCCUGCACAAAGGCUCCACUGGCCUGGGUUUCAACAUUGUGGGCGGGGAAGAUGGAGAAGGUAUUUUUGUAUCCUUCAUUCUGGCUGGUGGACCAGCAGACCUGAGUGGGGAGCUCCAGAGAGGAGACCAGAUCCUGUCCGUGAAUGGCAUUGAUCUCCGUGGAGCAUCGCAUGAACAGGCUGCUGCUGCACUGAAGGGGGCUGGACAGACGGUGACCAUUAUAGCACAAUAUCAACCUGAAGAUUACGCUCGAUUUGAGGCCAAAAUCCAUGACCUACGCGAGCAGAUGAUGAACCACAGCAUGAGCUCCGGGUCCGGGUCCCUGCGAACCAAUCAAAAACGCUCCCUCUAUGUCAGAGCCAUGUUUGACUAUGACAAGAGCAAGGACAGUGGGCUGCCAAGUCAAGGACUUAGUUUUAAGUAUGGAGAUAUUCUCCAUGUUAUCAACGCCUCUGAUGAUGAGUGGUGGCAAGCCAGGAGAGUCACGCUGGAGGGGGACAGUGAGGAGAUGGGGGUCAUCCCCAGCAAACGGAGGGUGGAAAGAAAGGAACGUGCCCGGUUGAAGACAGUGAAGUUUAAUGCGAAACCUGGAGUGAUUGAUUCAAAAGGGUCAUUCAAUGACAAGCGUAAAAAGAGCUUCAUCUUUUCACGAAAAUUCCCAUUCUACAAGAACAAGGAGCAGAGUGAGCAGGAAACCAGUGAUCCUGAACAACAUGUUUCUUCUAAUGCCAGCGAUAGCGAAAGUAGCUACCGAGGGCAAGAAGACUUCAUUCUUUCUUAUGAGCCUGUCACAAGGCAGGAAAUAAACUAUACCCGGCCAGUAAUUAUCCUGGGCCCCAUGAAGGAUCGGAUCAAUGACGACUUGAUAUCUGAAUUCCCUGACAAAUUUGGCUCCUGUGUGCCUCAUACUACGAGGCCAAAGCGUGACUAUGAGGUGGAUGGCAGAGACUAUCACUUUGUCAUUUCCAGAGAACAAAUGGAGAAAGAUAUCCAAGAGCACAAGUUUAUAGAAGCUGGCCAGUACAAUGACAACUUAUAUGGAACCAGUGUGCAGUCUGUGAGAUUUGUAGCAGAAAGGGGCAAACACUGUAUACUUGACGUGUCAGGAAAUGCUAUCAAGCGGUUACAAGUUGCCCAGCUCUAUCCCAUUGCCAUCUUCAUUAAGCCCAAAUCUCUGGAACCUCUGAUGGAGAUGAAUAAGCGUCUAACAGAGGAACAAGCCAAGAAAACCUAUGAUCGUGCAAUUAAGCUAGAACAAGAAUUUGGAGAAUAUUUUACAGCUAUUGUCCAAGGAGACACCUUAGAAGAUAUAUAUAAUCAAUGCAAGCUUGUUAUUGAAGAGCAAUCUGGGCCUUUCAUCUGGAUUCCCUCAAAGGAAAAGUUAUAAAUUAGCUACUGCACCUCCGACAAUGACAGAAGAGCAUUUAGAAGAACAAAAUAUAUAUAAUAUACUACUUGGAGGCUUUUAUGUUUUUGUUGCAUUUAUGUUUUUGCAGUCAAUGUGAAUUCUUAUGAAUGUACAACACAAACUGUGUGAAGCCAUGAAGGAAACGGAGGGGCCACAGGGUGGGACAGAAAAGACAUUGCAGUAUGCAGGAAGGCUUUGGUUUGCUCAAAGUGCCAGGUAUAGGGAUGAACCUCUGACGGGCUUUCUGCCCAAGAGAUGGGCAGCCUCCUCACCCCAGCAGAUGUCCAGAGCUGAUUUAGCUGCUGAGCUCUCUGUGUUUUUUGCUUUAAAGAAAAGUUGCCAGCACUUGAACUUCACCAACCUUCCCAUUACCCACAUCUGUAAUUGGUACACUUCGAAUUUUAUAACUAUGCACACUCUUUGAUUUCUUAACGAACAAAAGAAAGAAGGAAGGAAAAAGGAAAGGAGUCCCUUUGGAGACGGCAUAAUAGCAGGGAAGGAUAAGUGUGUAGUUUCUUUGACAUCUACAAAGAUGAGCAUUUCAUAAAAUUCACAAGUGUAUGGAGGACUGAACCUCACUGAAAGGAGGGGAUUCCACCUGAGGUUAGCUUUAUGAUUGUUUGUUGUCUAUUUUGCCAUUUAUAAACUGAAAGAAGGCACUAAAGAUGAGAAUAAUUUAUACAAUAAAAAUAUAUUAAAUGUAUAGAAACGAAUUUCUAUAGGUUAAAAAAGUUUUGUGAAAUAUUUUGUAAAGACUAAUUGAAAGACUAAAUGAAUGCACUAUCAGCAGAUGAUCAAAUUCAAGAACUGAAAGUUGCACUCUCCCUUUUGUUGCCAAUGAUACAUUAAGAGCAUCUGAGUUCCUCCCAAAGUCUGACCAAGACUUCUCCCUCACUUACCUCCCAUGAUCUCCCUUCCAUAUUAGUGACACACUCUCAUGGAGCACAUCCCUUAUGAGUUGCCCUCAUGGGUAUAUUUGGAAGACAUUUGGUUAAUGCAUCUCUAAGCUGAUGGCUUUCAGAGACAAACUCAUGCAAAUGAUCUAAAGAGAAGUUUUUGCUUUUAUCGUUUUAAACAACCUGGGCCUGCCAUGCAAAGAGUUGAAUAACUGUUCCUAGUUACUUACAUGCAAUUCUCAAAGGAUCAUUUAGUAUGUUAGCCAACCAUGAGUAAUUAGGACUUUUUUUUUUUUUUGUCUGUUUCACAAGUAACUGAGGGUUUUUGUAACAGCCAGAGAUGGUAUCGAGCCAUGGAAAGAUCUGUUCCAAGAAGCACUGUUUCUUUGAGGAAGAGAGAAAUACCUGGUUGGGGGGUGAGGGGUGCAGACUUUUGUUUCCGUGUACAGGGCAAAGAGAACCACAAGGAAAGACAAUUAACAACUUUGAGCUCAACCAAUUGAACUGCCUUUUUCGGGGGCUGCACCUGGACCAAGUUUAUUUUUUAGCAAUUAUAAUAAUGAUGAUUUAAGAAAAAAAAAACCUCCCGAAGCCUAUAUCCCACUUUAGAGCUGAUGAUGACAUCAGUGUUGCUUGUGCCCACGGUGUUUAGAGAGAGACUUUUUGGUGAUCUCAAUAACCACUCAACUCUGGGUUCUAUGCAUGCCCAGACUAAGCCCCAUCGCCUUAUUUCUGGGGUACAUCCAGACCUGGCAGGGAUCCUGCCACACUGUGCAGCAAACCAGCAUGCAGGCUGGGAUGGGAGAACAAGAGAUAGAGCCAUCAGCAGUGAUGGGGCUUCUUCACAGUAAGAACAUCGGAGCUCAGAAUGAGGGUCUCUUUCCAAAAACAAGUGUUGCUCAUCUUACACUACCAUUGUCUGCCUCGCUGCAGUCACUAAAACAAACACAAAAAUGCAAAAUUAUGCACCUACCUAUAGUCUUGAGGCUGCCUUUGCCAAUGGAAGGGCUAGCAAUGCAUUUUCCCUCUGAUGAAAGUUAAAUUUUUGGAGACUUCCUUAGAGUGCUCAAAAUGUUUAAAGAUAUGUCCGUGGCUGCAAUUCGCCAGUUUCAGGUCAAGGCCUAGUUUCAUCAAUAUUGCUGCCAGAAGUUUCUGCCACCAGAAUGCCAUUCCUGAUCCCAGCUCUAUUUUUAGGCCACCAUAAUAACUUCUUUGGUUUCUCAACUGAGCAUGCAACCAUUUAUUUAAAGGACUGUCCUUAAUGAGUAGAUGUUUCCGCGGGUCGUGUGAUGUGCUUUCCAUUUAAUAUUAAGUAUUGCUGUGGCUGAGUACAAUCAAAUUGAACCACCAACCCUUGGUUUUGUAGUAAUAUAAUUAUUUAUUUUCCUAGUGUAGAUGCUUCCAGAUUAGAAUUGGCAUUUGCACUGAUUUUUUUAUGUAGAUUUAUAUAAAUAUAUAUAUACAUAUAUAUUUGCUUGAAGAAUCACCAAGCAAAUUGGUGAGAGGGUCUUUUCCUAUAGAAUUUACACCUCCAUUUGUUGUGUUGUCUUGCGCUUCCCAAUGUUGAGGUCUCGAAGGCUCCAAAGAACUGGUGUAUUUUGCAGCAAAUCUGAUGAUUGUAUGGAUAUGGCAGGAAAGUUACCCAGAUUACAUCUGGUGCAAAUGCACUUGGAGCCUGGGGCCAGACCGGUGCUAACACUGCAAACUUUGUCCGGAGCUCUCUCCAAUCUGAAGGCUUGCUGGGGGCGCAAUGUCACCUUCACAUGCUGGGCCCUUUCGGAAAAGUGCCAGAUCGUGUCACUGGUGCUAUUUUUCAUGCUCUGGUACAAUGUGUAGCACCACGGGGGUCUCAGCCUUACCAAAAUCGAAAUCACAUUUGUCAGCGAAUUGCAGGGGCAUUUGUUUUUUGCUCUCCUCCCACGGGAUCUGUUGGCCAUUUCUUUGCCGGCCUCUUCCCCACCCCCACCCCCACUGCCCCAAGUUCAUGGCUUGGCUCCACCUGCUCAGUGAGCCCAUUUUUAUGGAAGCCAAAGCCGAAGCCUAAGCCGCACUCAGGUGCCUGUGAGCUGUCUUAGAUCCUACUGCCAGCCCUUCCAGACUCUGAGCCAGGGAAAAGCUCUCCACUCCUAUGGCUCUCGCCUCUGGUUUUCCCUCAUUCCUUUCCUCUGCUCUCCUCCUUCCAUUUCUGUCUCAUUCCUUCUCUCUUUGUGUGCACCUCUCCUUUUCUCCUACUGACCUGUCUUCCCCAAGAGCUGCCUUUCUUCUGCAGUCUCUUGUUACUCCCUCCCCUUCACUCUCCUAUCUCUCUACCUCCUUUAGUCUCUCUUCCCCUUCUCAUUCCCCUUUCCCCUGCUUUCCUGUCUUUUGUCUUCUUCUCCCACCUCUGAGUAUCUUCUCACCCAUACUCUGCUCCGUAAUUUUUCUGUCCUAUAAGGGCUCAUGGCUGAUUCGGACAGCAAGUCCAUACACUGGACCGAUGACACAAUUCCUGUGGGUCACCGUUUCACUUGCACAGCCCAGAAAGCAAAGCUGAGCAUGAGGUCCUGGACUGGAGCCAGCUCCAGCUCGCCUCACCGAGCCAGCCUGCACCGCUGCCCUGGCAGCGAGGAUGCAUGCGCUCUGGGCCCUGCGGCACCUGGGUGCCUCUCUGCCUGAAGGCUGCUCCAAAGGGAGCCCACUCCCAGCACCACCCCGUGGCUCUGAGGACAGUUCCUCUCUAUAAAGGCAGACUCUGGCCCCAAAAUCAUUCUGACAGCAAACCUCUUUCUUCUCAUUGAAGCCAUGCCAUCGCCUUGGUUUGGAGAGAGACAUUUUUUUCCCUCUCAUAAGCUUUUUUUUCCCCCCCAUUUUCAUGUGAAGCCCCCUCUGCUUUUCAGCUGGUGAUUGCUCUGGUGAGAUCGAAUGGACUCGCUGGUGAAAUAACAUCUCUUUUUUUCCUGUCUUGGUCCUGCCUAAAUUCCUACAAAAGUAUUCAAGUCAAGGACUCAGGCUAGUUCCUAAGCUAAUCGUGGUAAUUUGUCACUCCUAGGGGGAGAAGGGGACAUUUCUCUGAAAGCAUGUGGAGUGACAUACUGACAACUGAUUUGCCAGAGAUCUCCCUACAGAAUUCUGUGGAUAUGCAUUUUACUUCUGUGUAUGUAUGGUCUAUGUGGUAUGUAUAUCGCGUAAUAUACAUACUAUACUGGGUAUGAAUGAAUAUGGAUGGAAACCCACACACACACUCCAGUCUGUAAAUAUCCUUCCUCACUGAAAACUGUGCUUUGGAAAUCAUUUCUUGUACAGCUGUGCAGUUUCUUGUAGCAGCUGAGGACAAGCUAAGACAGGUGGAUGAUUUUGAUAAAGAUCACCUAAAAGAAUACAGAAUCUCCCUAGCAACUCAUGAGGACAGACAACCCAAUGGCAAGGUUGACUCCCAAUGGGAUGGCAAACUUUUCUUCUCUCCUUUUUGAAUUUGUGUUUCCUAAGUGUGUCUUAAAUUCUGAGUGCACCAGGCUGUACCCGUUAGAUCCUUUCAAUAUGACAGUUUUGUGCUUCUCUCUGACAGGACGUUUCUCCAUCGAGCUGUAGUGCAGGAUGGGAGGGAGGGGGAAAUACUCCUUGCCUGGGCUGGAGUUUACAGAGACACUGCACAGCUUACACUCCUGUUAAGUGUAAAUAUUCGACACUUCCAUUCCAUUUGUGUAAAAAAUAAAGCACACACAAUUAUAAAAUCAAGAUGUAUAUUUCAUACUCA